AUGACCUUGACUUCUGGAGACCAAUCUCUCCAGUCCUCCUCUAUCAAGUCGGAAACACCUCUUAGUCCAGUCUCCCCUGCUGCCAAAUCAUCCAACAAAUUUGACAUCGACAGUAUCAUCCAGACUCUCGGGAAUGCCAAGCAGCAAUUGAUCAACCUCCAAACCUCGUCUUCAGCUUCACCUACAACCACGAAGAACUCCAGGGGAAGAGAGGUCAAACCUCUUCCUCUUCCGAAAAUAGACAUUCCCAAAAGGCAAAAAGAUGGAUUAGCGGAAAAAGGAAUAAAAGUCGACGACAAAUACAAUGAUCCCAAAACGGAUCUCAUACUCGUCUCUUCGGAUGGAACUGGGUUCAUGGUUCAGUCAAUCUAUGUGAGAGCGGCAAGUAAGAUCCUCAAUGACAAAUGCCUCGCACUCGUCUCUUCCUUAUCUCCCGAUUCCACCAUCGAUUUCGAUGACCCUUCAAUCGAAAGAGCAACAACCAUUCGAUUCCUCCUCGACUUCAUCCAUGGCGAUAUACCCGAGCCCAAACACGAGCUUCUCGGUGUCUUCCGUCGAGCGAUCCUUCUUGCCCAAAAAUAUGAAUGCAAGCUCGUCUUAUCAGCGAUGAAGACUCUCGCCAAAACCUAUCACGAAAAUGGAGAAAUCCCAUUCACCGUUUUUGUUCUCGGAGCCAAUUUGGGCGAUGUUCAACUCUGUUCUAAUGCUAUUAUGGAUGGGGAUGAGUCCCCUAAAAGGGGAACGGAUAACCCUCCAGAGUGGUAUGAUCACGAUGGAGAUAGUGAUAUUGAUGAGGGAGAUCUCAAUGAAGAUGAUGGUGAAGAUGGGUUUGAAGACGAUGAUGAUUCCACGAUGGAUCUUACUACUUGGCAUACACAAGAUAUUCAACAUGUUCCUGCAAAGUACCUCGCCGGACUUCUCAGAGCAUCCAGACUUAGGAAUCAACCUGGUAAAGAUUGGUACGAUGUCGCUCACAGAUUUGAGGAACUCAUGUCUCCGAUCCAAAAGGUAGAUCCGUCUACCAAGCAAAAAGAAAAGGAUAUGAAACAUAAGGGAGUGGUGGCCAGAGAGAAGAUCAAGGAUAUCAAAGUCAAACCGGUAGCUGACGGUGAUACCAAGAAGAAGAUAGAUGCAAAGGAGUUGAAGUCGAAGAAAUAG